AUGACCUAUUUGUGUAACCUUGAGCAAAGAGAAGAUUCCAGAUGGGCACAUGAGAAAUAGACAGGGUGUGCACUGGGACAGACCCAGCUAUAAAGGGGCUGACCCUUGCAUGGAGCUCAGAACUGCAGUACUCACUGCUCAGGCUCCUGGUACCCGUGCAGCACUAUGGCAAUGGGUGAGUUCUCUUUCUUUCCAACAGCUCAUUUUGUUGAGUGCUUCCAGCUUCAGGCACAGUCCUGCCACACAGCAGGGGAUGCAAUAGAUCAAGCUAAGUGGCAGCAGUGGGGAACCAUGGAAGCCAGAACAGGUGGUCCUGUCCUCCCAUUUCCACCUGCUCAUUUAUUUUCUCUUCUCUGCUGCUGCCACUGCAGUGUCCCCAUGGAGUGCACGUUCUGCAUCUGGAGCAGUGAGUUCUAUACAGCAAGCUCAGCUGCAGUGCUUCAAACUAUUUGCCCUGAAUGUGCUUAGCACAGAUUAUUUGCAAAAAAAUGCCUAUUUACCCCUAGCCCUAUAGAAAACAAAGACGAACAAAACUACCAGGAGGAACAGAAGAAGCCGUGACCGCAGGUUGCAGUGAGGUGCAGGGAGGAGGCUGGCUGUGGGGAUGAGGAAGUCAUCUCCCAGCCCACUUGUCCUGCUCCAUGUCUGCAGCUCUGCAUUCCCUGGUCAGAGCUCCGCAGGGCCGCCGAGGGACGGGGGCUGCCCAGGAGUCCUGAUGAUGCUGCACCUUUCCCUCCACAGGGCUGCAGGCUGAGACACGCCAGCUCCAUGCGAACCUUGUCCUCCUGCCUGUGGUGGUGGUGAUGCUUCUUCUCUGCACCAGCCCAGUGUGUGCCACGGCCUUGGUUGGUGAGUAGGGGUGUGGGUGCUCCCAGCAAGCUGAGAAGCCCCCAGGUUUGCUGUGCACCACUCUGUGUGCUGCUGAGAGCAGCCGUGCUGCCAGCUGCUGGGUGCAAGCAUCUCCAUUCCAUUCAAACCUGAGCAGCAGAGGAGGCUGGUUCUUGUCUUUUGUCACCAGCAGAGAAGAGCUGUUCCCAACAGGUGCCACAGGUGGGGUGCAGCGCCCAUUGAAAUCCAGCACCUGUAGCACCAGUCCAGCUGCACCACAGUGCCUUACCAGCACAUUUUGCAAUGCAUGUCUUGCUUGAUUUGCUGUCUCAGGGUUUCCCGCAGACUGCAGCCACCUUGCCAGCAGCAGCCCCAGCGGGGUGUACGUCAUCCAGCCGGCACAGUCGCCCCCCCGCGUGGUGUGGUGUGACAUGGACACCGAAGGCAAGGGCUGGACUGUUGUCCAGAGAAACACUUACAACACCGAGAUCACAUGGAAAGAGUCCUGGACCACCUACAAGUAUGGCUUCGGGAACGUGCGGGGCGACCACUGGCUGGGCACCGAGUAUCUGCACCUGCUGACACAGCAGGGCACCUACAAGGCCCGCUUCGUUGUGCGGGACAAAGCCAACGUCACCCACUAUGCCGAGUACGACAUCUUCAGAGUGGAGAGCGAGAGCAGCGGAUACCCGCUGAGGCUGGGCCGGCUCCUGAGCAGCGGGACAGACUACCUGGCCAGCUACCACUCCUCGGGCAUCCACGACAACAUGAAGUUCAGCACGGUGGACAAGGACCAGGACCAGCACAGCGGGAACUGUGCCAACAGCUACGGGGGGUGGUGGUACGACAAGUGCCAGAAUGUCCUCCUCAAUGGCAAAAAGUACAUCCUCUGGCCAGGAAUUUGCCCGAGAGGCGACUGCACAUCAUCCCUCAUCCUGGUCAAGCCCACCGAUGUGUGCUGACUGUGCCAAAGGUAGGGGGAGUACCUCCAUCCCCAGCCCGGUUCCCUUCGCUCCUCAGUCCCAUAAGUGCUACCCAUGGUGUC